GAGGAGAGCAUGAAACAGUGCAUCGUGUUGUUGCUCGGUUGCACCACAUUUCCACCAACCAACCAAAACAACCAGCAAAGAAGCACAGCAAGCAGUAACGAUGAUGUGGGAGAGGAAGCAGGUUAUUGUUGUUGGUGUUGCGGCUGCGGCUGCGGCUGCGGCUGUGGCUGUCGCCGUUGCUGUGGUGGCAAGGCGGUGGCGGGAAGCAAGGGGCGUGGAGGCAGGAGGGAGAGAGCAGCGCCGUGCGCACGACCACCAGCAGGAGCAGGAGCAGGAGCAGGAGCCGCAAAGGGGAGUGGAGGAACGCGUCGUGGUGGAGGCGCCAGACCACGCUGCUGAUGGCGGCGAUGCGCUGGUGCUGGAGAGCGGGGCUGUGCACCGGCGGGAGGAGUUGCGGUUAUGCUUCGGCGACAGGGAGGUGGUGCAAGAGAUGGAGAUCUUCGAAGGGGAUGGGCUGCGUGACGAAGACGAUGAAGAAGAAGACGAAGAAGGCGAAGAAGGCGAAGACAACAGACGAGUUGGCCAAACAGGCACCGCGCAACGGCCGCGGCGGCUGGAGGACAUCUUGCUCGCACGGCUGCACGCCGAUCCAUAGCGUGUCAUUUGUGCUCGCUAGCGCCUUGUGUGCUUUCCGACUUCAGGCUUCAAUCGUUUAUUGGUUCCUUGAUGUGUCACGUCACGCCCUCGUCCCCCUUCUCUGUUUGCAUCUUCGCUUCCACCCUUCCUCGUUAUCCAUAUCCAUUACACGCACGCCCACGAC